AUGCACCACGCCAGAGCUGCUGCAGCAGCAACGCGUCGAGGGAUCCGCACUGCAGCAGCGCAGCAGCAACUGCUGCUGCUUCACGGAAUGUUGGGGCAUCCCAGAUGUGUUUGUGCUGCUGCUGCUGCUGCUGCUGUUGCUGCUGUUGCUGCUGCUGCUGCUGCAGCAGGGAGAGCUGAAACAGCAACGUUUCCUUUAGCUGCUGCAGUGCUGCUUCUCUCUGGGGCCCCCAGCAGCAACGCAGCAGCACCCAGGCGACGCGCUGCGCCUCCUGUGUAUACACACCGCAGCAGCAGCAGCAGCAGCAGCAGCAACAGCAGCAGUAAGAACAGCAGCAGUAGCAACAGCAGCAGCAAUCGUGUCUGUAACCGCAACAGAGCAAUCAACGGCAGCAGCAACUGCAUGAGCAGCAGAAGCAGCAACAACUGCAGCAGUCAGCAGCAGCAGCAACAUCAGCAGCAACAGCAGCAGCAGCAGCAACAGCAGCAGACAACUGCAGCAGUCAGCAGCAGCAGCAACAUCAGCAGCAACAGCAGCAGCAGCAGCACUGCAGCAGUCAGCAGCAGCAGCAACAUCAGCAGCAACAGCAGCAGCAGCAGCAACAGCAGCAGCAGCACAGCCAACUCGGGGGGCCCCAUCUCAUGCAGCCGCAAGCGAGCAGUUCGCAGCAGUGCAGCAGCAGCAGACUGCAGCAGUCAGCAGCAGCAGCAACAUCAGCAGCAACAGCAGCAGCAGCAGCAACAGCAGCAGCAGCAGCAGCAGCAGCAGCCUUGCCUGGUUCAUCGUGGGGGGCCCCUGCUGCUGCUAGCAGCUGGCGUUGCUUCUGCUGCAUAUACACCGCACGAGCAGCAACAGCAGCAGCAGCAGCAAGCAGCUGCGGCGGCAGGCAGCUCCCUAGGGGCCCCAAUUCUACAACAGCAGCAGCAGCAGCAGCAGCAGUAG